AUUUGCUUGCGCAGCCUCACCACGACAACACCAUCGCCGUCACUCGCCCAUCCACGUUCACACCUCUCUCGCACUCACAAACCCACUCUCACACCGAACGAACGAAAACACCGCAACGAUGGCGAACUACCUCGCCUCCAUCUUCGGAACCGAGCAAGACAAGGUCAAUUGCUCCUUCUACUACAAGAUCGGCGCCUGCCGCCACGGCGACCGCUGCUCGCGCAAACACGUCAAGCCAUCCUACUCGCAGACGAUCCUCCUGCCCAACCUGUACCAGAACCCGGCGUACGACCCUAAGAACAAGAUGAACCCGCAGCAGAUGCAGAUGCACUUCGACGCCUUCUACGAGGACAUCUGGUGCGAGCUGUGCCAGUACGGGCUUGUCGAGGAACUCGUCGUGUGCGACAACAACAACGAUCAUCUCAUCGGCAACGUCUACGUGCGCUUCAAGUACGAAGAAGACGCGCAAAAAGCCUGCGACGCGCUGAACUCGCGCUGGUACGCCGGCCGUCCCAUCUACUGCGAACUCUCGCCCGUAACCGAUUUCCGAGAAGCCUGCUGUCGCCUGAACAGCGGCGAGGGCUGUGUGCGCGGCGGCUUCUGCAAUUUCAUCCAUAGGAAGGAGCCGACGGCGGAGCUGGAUCGCGAGCUGGAUAUGUGCACGAGGAAGUGGUUGAAGGAGAGAGGUCGCGAUGAGAGGAGUAUGAGUAGGAGCCCUACGCCGCCUGCAAAGAGGUUUUAGGAGGACCGCUUGAGCGAGGUCGUGGGUAGAGAUGAAGUGAAGAAGGGCACGAAGAAGGAAAUGAAGGAGGAGAAGGAAGAGGGCGAGGUGAGUUUCUAGGUGGACCUCAAGCUUUUCCCGCAGAACGAAAUCUUGUGGAGCGAAAGGAGAACACUACAGCAUGAGUGGUGAUUUGGCGUCAAGGAGUUUGAUACCUCAUUUGCGCACAUUGCGUACACGGUGGGACUGUACAUUACGAGCCAGCAAGCGCUGACGGG